UUCUUGCUCGUGUUGUUCUUGGUUGCUAACUGACAAAACAUCAAAAGAUUUACUUGAAAAACGACCUCAAUUUACCUCAGAAAACCAUUAAAAAUGACUUCGCAAURCAGAGUAGCUGAUUCUAAAAGAGAAGAGUUCAGAAAAUACUUGGAAAAGGCGGGAGUUCUCGAUGCUUUAACGAAAGUUCUAGUGAACCUUUACGAAGAACCAGAAAAACCUGUCAAUGCUUUGGAUUUUCUUCAAAUGCACCUCCAUGGAGGAGGACCGGAGACCGCAGAUGUCGAGGCAUUAAAACUAGAGGUAUCAGAACUGAAACAGAUGGUGGAACAACUAACGUCAGAAAAUGCUGAGCUCAAGCAAAAGCUCUCAACUUAUGAAUCUCAAACUGAACAGGAAGCUGAAAGUUGAAGCAUAUUUCCCUUCAAAAUGGAAAAGAUUUCAUCCACUUCCUGAGUACUUGUAUUAUUUUGUAUAAAAUGUUAUCCAACUAUGCGUAAUGUCAUUAUCUAGCUGGCUUGGUAAUAAAACCUUAUUAUUGAACAAUUACAAAA